CGCAACGGGGGACAGUUGAGCCCGGCCCCCAAACAGCCUUGCUGAUUGGCUCGCCCGCACCCGGCAGUCAGUCUCUCCCUGCGAUCACUGCACAGCGGCUGGCUGCCUCUACGGUAAUGGCCACGGGUGGCGACUGACUGGCCUGGGCUGCCACCAACAUGGAGCUAUUGGCUCGCUAUCUCGACAGGAGUAAUUCAGUCAGUUCAACCACAACUCAAGACUUAAUCAAGGAGGAGAACCUGAGGGAUGACUUGAAGUUCUAUUUUAUGAGCCCAUGUGAGAAGUACAGGGCCCGAAGGCACAUCCCCUGGAAACUUGGGGUGCAGAUCCUCAAGAUAGUCAUGAUCACCACACAACUCGUCCUUUUUGGUCUCAACAACCAGCUGGUUGUGUCCUACAAGGAGGAGAAUGCCAUGGCCCUGAAAAACUUGUUCCUGAAGGACUAUGGCGGUGUGGACGAAGAUGACUACUGUGUUGCGGUCUACUCACAACAAAGUGUCUAUGACAGCUUGUUUUAUUUGCUGAAGCAGUACAGCCAGCUGGGCCGGCUCGCUGUGAGUCCCAUCACUUACGCUGAGGAUGAAGAUGGUGGCUUGCUUCCGCUGGUCAUCUGCAAAACUCUUUAUAGAAGAGGCAGUGUAGCACCUUCGGAUAAGACCUAUGACAUCGACGCCCAUUUGGAGACAGUUUGUUUAUCACUUGAGCCAAAGACUGCCCACAUAUGGAAAACCAAUAAUGCAUCCUUUUAUGACCUGGACUUUUACAGGUUGGUGGACAUGAAAGUAAUCUUCAAUUUAAAAGGGAUCAACUUGCAAACAGUGCGAUCACGCGAGUUACCUGACUGUUAUUCAUUUUCUGUCACGGUAACAUUUGAUAACCAGUGUCACAGUGGAAAGGUGAAACUCUUUCUAGACAUCGACGCACAAAGCAGUGCGUGUCGAGGCUGGAAGAUCUCUGGAACCGCCCAGAAAAACACACACUAUCUCUUGGUGUUCGACGGCUUUGUCAUUGUAGUUUGCCUCACCUCAGCUGUGCUGUGCACCCGCUCCAUAGUGCUGGCUGUCAGGUUACUGCGGAGAUUCUCCAGGUUUCUCCAUGAAAACUACAACCGGAAAGUGUGUGAGGACGACCAGGGAGAAUUCCUAAAUGGCUGGUAUGUGCUGGUCAUUGUCAGUGACCUCUUGACCAUUGUUGGAUCAAUAUUGAAGAUGGAAAUUCAAGCAAAGAGUCUGACCAGCUAUGAUGUCUGCAGUAUAUUUCUGGGUACGGCAACGUUAUUGGUCUGGGUCGGUGUGAUCCGCUAUCUGGGCUACUUCCAAAAAUACAAUGUGCUGAUUUUGACCAUGAAGGCAGCCUUUCCAAAAGUGUUGCGUUUCUGCUGCUGUGCUGGCAUGAUCUACCUUGGUUACACAUUUUGUGGGUGGAUUGUGCUGGGGCCUUACCAUGAGAAGUUUGAAGGCCUGAGCCUUGUGGCGGAGUGUCUGUUUUCCUUGUUGAACGGCGACGACAUGUUUACCACCUUUGCCCAGUUGAAGGACAAAAACACGCUGGUUUGGCUCUUCAGUCGGGCCUACCUGUACUCCUUUAUUUCACUCUUCAUCUACAUGGUGCUCUCGCUCUUCAUCGCCCUCAUCACCGAUGCCUACGAGACCAUCAAGAAUUACCAGAGGAAUGGAUUCCCACUGACAGAUCUGCAAAAGUUCCUGAGAGAUCAGAAAGAUUUUGUAUCCUCAGAGGAGAGCAGACAGGCAGACCUGUACACCCGCUAUUCAUUGUUCUGCUGCUGCGAAAAACUCUCUGAAAGUGAUGACAUUGCACUCAUCGGCUGACAAAUGUUGCCGCUCCUGAUUGAAGAAAUCUGGGAAGAGAGCAAUGAAAAUGAGACUUCACACGUCAGAUGCAAACUUGCAAAGAUUCCACGGAGUCCCUGCUUUACCAGUGUCAUUCCAGAAGGUACACAUUGUGUACUGCAACAAAGACAUUAUGUAAAUAUGAGACUGAAACUAACUCAUACAGUAUGUCUUGAAGCAAGAUGUAAAUGUUUGUGUGUGCGUGUGUCUUGGUGAGCAGGGUGACAGUGUCAGCAUGUGGUGGGAGUGGUGGAUGGGUUCCAUAAAUAUACAAAUGUUCCCACAUAUGCAGGUGCUUUAAUAGUAUUAUACAGUAAAAUGUGAUUGUCCAUUGUUGGUGCCGACAUUGAGAUGUUGCAAAGUAAAGUAAAAGCUACCA